AUUAAUUGUGAUGAAGUUUCCCACUUUGAAUAAUACUUGUAAAACUUUUAUGGAAUUGGUAACUAACGGGACUCAUGAGAAAUACAUGGAAGAUAUAGAUGAUUGUAUGAAAAAUAAUCUACCCGAAAAUGUUUACGAUGCUUUGGUCAAAUGUGAAAAUAUUUUACCGUUCAGGACAAACGAAGAAGUGACCAAGGCUUGUUCUGGCAUUGAAAUCAACUCGAAAGCAUUUGAAGAGUCCAUUAGAUGCAAGCAAAAAACAGUUACUGGUGGUUUCAAAAAGUAUCGGGUGAGAAUUGAUAAAUUAUUAAACAACAUUGAUUAUUUUAACUAAAUGUUAUUUUUAUCUAUCAAUAAUUCAGUCCUGUAUAUUCAGCAUAUUGAAGGAACAAUUCACCGAUAAAUGAUGGAUAGUUGGUUAUGCAUAUCAACAAUAAAAUCUGAUAAACUUAAUUUUUUGUUCGAUUGUUCAAGGAUAAACACUUAAAUGAUCGUUGAUUGUAAAAAUUAUGCCGAUUACAUUUAUCAUUGUAAUUUUUAAUAGAAUGAGGCCUCAAUAAAUAUCAUUUGCA